CAAAGAAGACGUUGAGGGCUGCAAGCUCAGAGACAGUCUCCUACACAGCAGCAAGAGAUCCACUGCACACAGAAGGCAAGCCAGUUUUGGAGGGGUGCAAGCUACACUAAGUGACAGUCUCAGCACAGUAAGAAGAGAUCAGUGCCAGCUUUCCAUGCCAAUCCCCUGCAUUCAGAGAGCAGAGAGAGUCUACAGCACAAGGGGUGCAGAGCAUUCCCAGUCUUUUCAGAGCCCAUCUACAAAACAAGCAGAGCAAGGCAGAUUUACUCAGCAGACACAGGAGGAGAAAAAGUACUGCGCAAGCAACAGGCAGCCCAGCCUGAUUAAACUUUAUCUGGAGAGCUUCAGCAUCAAGAAGAGCAAGCAGAGAUCACAGAGAGAAGGGCACUGAAGGGUUAGCUCCUGGUUCUCUGCCAGUAGGAACCACCUGAGUUCUCAGACUUCAUGAUAGCCACGCCAGGAAGAUUACUUGUUGAUAUGGAGGAUACAAAUAAGCAGUGUCCAGAAACAGCACAGGAUCCAGGGAUUGAAACCACCAGAUACCUGGCUAUAGGGUCCAGAUGCCAGGUGGACUUUUUGCAUGAAGUCACAGACCCCGGAGAGCUCUCAUUGGAUAGUCUUCUAUAUGGGAAGUCAGAGGUCUCCUGUGCCAAGAGAGAAGGGCCAGGAUCGUCUGAUAACAGUGAGCUGGAUAAUGUCCUGGACUGCAUUUUGGACUCUCCAACAUCAGACCAACGCCUAUGGUCUGAGUGUGGUAUUCCUGAGAUACAUGGGAUAGCAGAUAUUAAGACUCCUUGUGACUCUAAAGGUGGCAUGGUGGACAUAGGAGUCUGGACUGAAGCCUCAGGAUCUGGAAAGAAGGGAACUCUAGACAGAGCCAUCAUGGAGGACUUUACUGAGAACCAGUCAACUGUGAAAAGUGGUGUCUCAGGAAUUGCACAAAGUAGACAUCUACACCUGGCACCUGAAAGAAACCUCAUUACUUUGCCAAACUUGGAUAUGAAUGUGUUAUACCUAUCUGCUCAAGAAAGAGAGUUGGUAAAAGGAGGUGGCCAUGACCAAAGAUCAUCUCCCCUCAACCCAUCCCAGAAGCCAUCUUCAUACACAUCACAAAUCUCCAUUGUACACCCUGAAGAUGGACAGGUCAAGCAGGAAGGAUCUGGGGUCUUACUAUAUCAUUCCAAAAAAGAAAGACAGGAUUUUAAGUUACCCACCUCAGGUCCUGCGACCCCUGAACCCGAGGAGUCUAUGGAUUUUAUUCUCUGCAAAACUGAGUCUGCAACCAUCUACCAACCUUGUACACACAACAUGGGUAAACCAUCCGAAAACCAGAUCCAUGUUGCACCUUCAUCUUCUAGUUCAUCUCAAACCAUCUACCAGACUUUGAGUCUUAAUGGGCAACAACAGCAUUCUUACCAGGCAGGAGGAGUGAGCAGGACCUACCUACCCCAGAUUCCACUAUCAUAUGUACAGUACAUCAGGUCCGAAGAUCCAGAUGAAACACCACAGUAUGGCUUUGACUCCUCACCACUGAAGAUCUGUUUGAUUUGUGCAGAUGAGGCAUCAGGAUGCCAUUAUGGGGUUCUCACCUGUGGAAGCUGUAAGGUGUUCUUCAAGAGAGCCAUAGAAGGGCAGCACAACUACUUAUGCGCUGGACGGAACGACUGUAUUGUGGAUAAAAUCAGAAGGAAGAAUUGUCCGUCAUGUAGACUGAGAAAAUGCUGCCAAGCUGGCAUGAUUCUGGGAGGUCGGAAGUUCAAAAAGUUUAACAGAAUGAAACCAGGAAGAGAGAUGGAAACAGUGGUCCUUCAGCAGGCCAGGCCUCUCGAAAGUCAGCAGGCUCUGACCCGGAGACUAUCAAUAAGUCCAACUCAAGAAAUUCAGUAUAUCCCAGAACUGCUGCACAUACUACAAAGCAUAGAGCCCGAAAUGGUAUAUGCAGGGUAUGAUAACACUCAGCCAGAAACACCUAGUGCUUUGUUGUGUAGCCUCAACCAGCUGUGUGAACGACAGCUCCUCUGUGUUGUGAAGUGGUCAAAAUCUCUACCAGGAUUUAGGAAUCUCCACAUCGAUGAUCAGAUUACCCUCUUGCAAUAUUCAUGGAUGAGUUUGAUGGUGUUUGCUAUGGGAUGGAGGUCAUACCAACAUGUCAGUGGGCAGAUGCUUUACUUUGCCCCAGACUUAAUACUGAACGAACAGCGGAUGAAAGAUUCUUCUUUUUAUGCCCUUUGCCUCUCAAUGAGACAGCUGCCACAGGAGUUUGUAAAACUGCAAAUCACCCACGAGGAAUUCCUGUGCAUGAAGGCUCUGCUACUCCUGAACACAAUUCCUUUGGAGGGUCUUAAAAGCCAAAGUCUUUUUGAUGAGAUGAGGUCAAACUACAUAAGAGAGCUGGCGAAAGCGAUUAGCCUAAGACAUAAAGGAGUUGUUGCGAGUUCCCAGAGGUUCUAUCAUCUUACUAAAGUUAUGGACUCCAUGCAUGAGUUGGUCAAGCAGCUCCAUCUCUAUUGCCUCAACACCUUUCUCCAGUCGCGAGCGUUGAGCGUGGAAUUCCCAGAGAUGAUGACAGAAGUGAUAUCGGCUCAGCUACCCAAGAUCCUGGCCGGGAUGGUAAAACCGCUCGUCUUUCACAAAAAGUGAACGCCCCCUGCAGUUUCCACUGCUGACGUAUUUAUUGUCCCAUUGCUAAAGCUGCUCUUGGUGACUCCUGUCCCAUCCUAAUCCGUUACAGUUUAUGGCACUGCAGAUGGCCAGAAGAGCUAGCACUCAUAUAAGCCUCUGACCAAGGUUUCUUCUCGGAUUUGGUUAUGUUAUUUCCCACCAGCUGUAUCAAUGCUACACGUUCAGUCAUCGCCGGCUUCAUAUGCCGCUUUACAUGUACAAUGUUCUUU